AAAUCUAGCAUCUCUAAUAAGCUGUCUGAGAAAAGUAGUAUGUUGUGAAGUUCUUUUAAAUAUAUUUUCGAAUUUAUUGUUCAUUACUUGCGUGAAUAACAAUAAUAUUAAAAGUUUUAAUAAUGCAGUGUCAGCUUUGCGGCUCUAAUCAACAAGAUGUAAUUCAAUGUGGUCCAUUUAUAAGAAAGCAAAACAUAGCGGUGCACAAAAAUUGCUUGUUCUUUUCUUCUGGGCUACAAGGGCAUCAAGACGAUGAUUAUGGGGUUUACGAAUUCUUUCUAGAUGAAAUUUCAAAUCAACGCAGACUUUUCAACACGAGGAAUUGCUGCUAUUGUAAAAAGAAAAUUGCAAAUAUUAGUUGCAGCCAACGUGAUUGUCAACGUACAUUUCACUUUAUUUGCGGCCUAAAAAAUGGGGCCAGAAAUCAAUUUGUUGCACCCUUUCUUUCGUAUUGUCAUUGCCAUGUUAAAUUGCCCAAGUCUCGUCCAAACGCGAAUGAAAUUUGCUGCAUCUGCCGUGAUAAAAUUUUCAAAGGAACUAAUAAAUUCAAUCCAGCGAAAAUGUUGCGCUCGCCGUGUUGCUGCAACAAUUGGUUUCACAAAUUGUGUUUACAAACGUAUGCACACUCAGCCGGCGAUUUAUUUAGAUGUCCAGUAUGCAAUAAUAAGGAUAACUUUCUAAUUUUUAUGCGCUACUGGGGUGUGGGUGUACCAGAAGUUGUUGGGCGUGUUGAACUGCUAACAAGAGAAGAAUAUGAGUUUUCAGCAAAUCUCAUUGAAGCCUUAAGGAGAAACCAAGAAAUACUUUUUCUCAACGAAAAUUCAAUGAGACGAAACGACAAUCGGAGACAACGGUAUGAAGAAGAGAUAUUUUCGGAUUAUUAUUAUGAAUAUGCACAACUUCCAAGAUGUUUAUGUGACAAUAGGUAUAGAAAUUCAGAAUCAGAUAUUCCAAAGAAUAAAAGCAAAGGCUUGACGUGGUUCAGCUGGUUCGUCGAUAAUGUGCUCUCUCAUCCGUUUAUUGUUUUGCGUCAACAAUGUCAAGUUAACAACGUAGCUCGAAGCUUUCAUUUACUGCCUUUUUCGUUAGUGCCAAUCAUAAUACAACUGUAUUAUCGUCAAGGUCCUAAAACAUUUUGGAAAGGUCUUGGUUGUAGCCUUAUUUUAAAAGGCAUUUCUUGGCUGAUAGGAAAUGACACUUUCACAGGCGAAACUCCGUUAGUUGUCUGUAUAAUGCGCCAAUGUAUCGAAGCUGCUACGCUCGGACUAAAAAGAUAUUGUUUAAUGAGCACUGUAGGAAACUUAAUGUUACCCGGUGUCGGUUCUACCAGUUCGACUAACUGCCAACGUCAAAUAUCCGUAAAAUCACUAUUUUUUCCUUACAUGUGCAUGGAAAUCGCAAAAUACGAAUUUAGAGUGCUGGUAAAAAACUCUGCCUUGGCCAUUUUACGUAAGAAAAGAAAAAUACUAGAACCAUGCGAAUUGGAUAAUCAAAAAAUGGAAAUUAGAUCUGAUCUGAUUGCACGCAUCGUUACCGAGAUUACGUUUUAUCCGUUGGAAACUAUUCUGCAUCGCCUUCUACUACAGGAUACUGACACUAUUAUAGAUAAUCUUGAUAAUGGUGAGAGUGUGCAACCGCUAUUAACAUAUUAUCAAGGAAUAGGAGAUUGUUUUAAUACCAUUGUAAUUAUGGAAGGUUACAAAGGGUUUUACAAAGGAAUUGGUGCCUUAUUUAUGCAAUUUUCUGUACAUACUGUAGUGGUGAAUGUAGGAAUAUGGAUAUUUUCUUAAAUAUUAUAACUAGAGAUAAGAAAGUACAUACAUACAU